UAUCGCCGACCCCGUUGUCUCUGUCUUGCUCUAUCUCUCUGUCGUUCUCAGUCCAGGGAAUGGCGUCGUCAGUGGAAGCUUGUGCGAGAGCUUGGCCGUGUAAACAUUUCUGCGAUGCACAGACAUAGAGGGUCACUCCGUUGGAACGCACCUGGAGGAGGAGGAGGAGGAGGAGACGCUUGCUCCGUCGUUAUUGCCUCUUAGCCACUCCUUUAAUGAAGUCGGCAUCGAUGCCACUUGUGCACGCUUUACUCGCCCUCUCAGCGGGAUUCUGUCCUCCAGGGCUUCUCUCAGCACAUUCUUUGUUGCGCAGAUUUUGAUUAAGAAAUGCCUCGUGAGGGUUUGACGAUUACGUGGAUUUUUGGAUGCCUCGAAUAUUGGUCACCAGAAGGCCACUCAUAUUCUUUCCUCGUUUCUGUUUGUUACUGAUCCAAGUUAGGUGCUCGUGCCUGCGUUUGUGGAAGCACCUGAUAUCCAUAAUUACACCUCCCGUUGCUAUCACUCCCGCGUUCCGGUGUUGCUGCUUCUGAAAUCGACAAAGAUUCUAUCCUAGUUGUGAGCGUGCACGACCUCUGAAUUGUCGUCGUCCGAUAAUCUGAUAAUAAUUAUUGUUGAAUCAUCAACAUGCAUGCGUGCAGGGGCUUAAUUGUGCUUGCGAAGCCUCACAGUCCAGCUCCAGAAGUGUCGACGUCACUUUCGAGCUCUCAGUUCCACGCAGAGGAAUCUCGCGGGUGUGUCAUUGUAUCGGCUCUUGAAUUGAGGCGAAGAUGCAUCAAUUAUAAAAGGAGCGAAAGAUCUUUGAAAAGCGGGACUUGUAAUGACAGUAGACUGAGGCCUGGCUUUGGCUACCCUAGGUUGCUAUGGAUUUCUUGCGCGGUGAAGCGUGGCGAUGUAGAUAGUAAUGUGGUAUCUAGUGUAACGAUGAGCGAUGAAGUAAUUGUGGAAUCGGAACAGGGGGGCGUGGUAGGAGAGGCAGACAGAGAUAGGGAAAGUAAACAAGAAGCUGGAGAAGAGAAUUGGUUUAGCACAUGUCAGAAAGCUAGACUAUACUUGUUGUUGGUCCCGUUUUUGUGGGGCACUUACGGUCCCGCUCUACGCUUCAUCUACUCACAGCCCCUGGCGCCUUCGGCGAGCAUCAUCACCUUGUCUCGCAAAGUUGCAUCGGUAGGAUUUUUCCUUCUCCUCCAACCUCUUGAGAAAUCAGCAAAGUCAAAUGAUGAGAAUUACUAUGGAGCUGCGACGUCGGUGAACGAAGCAAUAAGCGGCAGCAGUUGGAGUGCUGCAGCCGAAUUAGGAUUCUGGACUUUUCUCGGUACAGCUCUUCAGACGAGCGCAUUGGGAAGCACCACCGCAAUCAGGGCAGGAUUCAUCUUACAAAUCAUCACUGUUUUAGUUCCUUUGAUUUCCGCUGUGAGCGGAAGUCAUGUGAGUAAGACCACGUGGGGCUCUGCCAUUCUUGCCUUGACGGGAGUCGUACUCAUGAGUGUGUUUGGAAACGAAGGUGCCACCAGUGGGAGCAUCUCCAGCCUUUUGUGCAGUGAGGGGUCAGUAGGAUGCCAAUCCGCUCUUAUUGGAGACCUCCAGGUUCUUGCGGCUGCGUUUUUCUUCGCCAUUAACACCAUCAGGCUGGGUGUUCAUGCGAAGAAGACGUCAGCGCUGGAGCUCUCUACCCGCGUCAUGGUUGUCUCCACCGCGUUCAGUUUUGUAUGGGCGGGCUACGAUUACGUAACGGUUACACUAGAAGGAAGAGAUGGUGGUUUAGCGUGGCAGGGUCUGGCAAGCCCUGAAGUAGUGAGCGUGACCAUAUUUGCGGCACUUGUUCCGGGAACUUUAGCCCACCUUGCACAAGCUGUAGGACAAAAAACAAUUCCUCCUUCUGAAGCUCAGGUGUAUUAUUCAUUGCAACCUGUGUGGGGAGCAUUAUUUUCUGCCAUCUUACUUCACGAGUCUAUGACCCCGUUAGCGUGGGGUGCAGGAUGCGUAAUUGUUUUUGCUGCCUUGUUGGCUGGAAGUCAAGAUUCCUGAUCACAGAUAAUUACAUGGUAGUGUUGGAUACUAACAAGCUUGAACAAUCGAUUAUGGAGAAGUUGCACGGGGAUUUAAGCUGCCCACUGGGUUAAAGAUGCACAAAGAGAAAUCUGGAAUGUACAGGCACAUCGUAAGCAAAAUUGUCAAUAGUUAUCUGUGGCUGUCAUCUAUUACUCAGAUGUAUCCACUUGGUAUGGUCAUUGAUGCGGUUCAAAGUCUCUCUUCAGAUUUCAACUUUUAUGAAAUAUGAGCGUUUUUUUUUA